ACCUGAUUCAACAGGAAUCUGAAAAGUGAGCUUCGCGCGCUUCCUCCAUUCUCUUUGCAGGAGCUUGAAGAUAUCUAAUCUGGUCUAGAAGUGUAGCAGAAGGAACAAAGGGUUGAAACUGUCGCGCUACCAGUACGACACUUGUGCUGGAAGAGCCUCUCCUAAGCAGAUUCUUUCCAGGCUGCCGGUCUAGCCUGUGAAACAGUCUCUGCAGAUUCUCUUUCCAUAUUCUUAGUACCUUCUGCUCAGCUUCGUUUGGAUGCAACUUUUCCUUCUCCUUGAAGAAUUUUUCUUCCUUCUUUCACGAAGAAUUAAAGUGAACUGUCAGCAGUGUAAGCGAGGACACACUACUACCAGUUUCUGUCACAUUUGGAGCUACUUAGACCGACGCACUUGCUCUGUGGCCUUUUCGCAAUCUAUGAAGCUCAACCGGGAACGAAUUCUUUAUCUGGACGCACAAUUGAGAACGGAAGGGAGUCAGUAAAGCUUCACUUCGUUUGAAGUUGACAUAGGCAUACAAUGGCUACGGUUCUUUCUCCUCCUUACCUGACCGCUACUGUGAGAGAUUUCAAAUCGGACGCACAAGCAGGGGAGAAGUUUGAAAAUCAGGGAACUGAAAUCUUUUCAGCAGAUGAUGUGUCAGUUCGGGUCUUGCGCAUCCCGCAAACAGGCAAGCAGCUGGCAAUCAAGCGGUCAGAACUGAAUAAGAGAACGUCCUUGCCUCAUUUAGAGCAAGAGAUCUCGUCGUUGCUCAAUCUGCAGCAUCCCUGCAUCACUCGGUUGUGUGAGGUGUACAUACAUGAGGGCCAAUUGUACCAAGUGUUUGAGUACGCACCGGGGAACUCGCUGAUGACCUUCGUGGACAAGCGGUUGUUAUCCGAACCACAGUGCCGGUACUUGUUUCAACAGCUAGCGGCUGCGGUGGAGUUCUGCCACUCUCAGGGCGCGCCUGGGAGAGAUCUCAAGUUAGAAAACAUCCUGCUGACGAGGAUGACCCCCCCGGAAGUGAAGCUGGCGGACCCGGCGAUUGCGAAGCACUCCCCAUUCGCCGACAUCGGUUGUCCCGGAUCCAUCUACGCGGCCCCCGAACAGCUCAAGUCACGCACCGCAAAGGGCGCAGGAAACAUUGACCGCCGCGCAGCAGACGUCUGGUCACUAGGGGUCAUCCUGGCGGCCAUCCUCUUCCACGCGUACCCUUUUGCGGAUCCGGAGCAACCAAAGAACAUCACCCGGAUCUUUGAGAACAUCCUCGCGGGCCGCUACUUCCUGCCUGCAAAUGUCAGCCUCUCGUCCGAUUGCAAGGACCUGCUCGCGCGCAUCUUCGUGGUAGACCCUGCCGCGCGUAUCACUGUUCCCGAGAUCCGACGUCAUCCCUGGUUCGAGCGCGAUCUUCCCAGGAAGCUUGCAACGCCGUACAAGCCCUUGGAGAACGGCGCACUCCGAGCGCAGGCCGCGCGCGUGAUCGAGGCGCUGCGGGAGAAGCGGGCCGAGCAGACGCGGGAUGCUGUAAGGUCAUAUAUCGUUUGAGCGGCUGUGCUACUGUUGGGGGAACGCUAGUCUGGCGGGAACGAAAGUUCGCCGGAAUGGUCGUUGCCGCACAGUGGAACGAAGUACGGAGGGUCGUAAUCGGAGCUUAGAUUAGAUGAUAGGUCCGGUCGGUCGGAAAUAUAGGAGGAGAAAGGAGGAUUGGUGAUGGCGACAGAGUGUCAAAGGAAGAGAUCAUGCCCGCAAAUAGCGUGGAGUCACCGGCGAGAGCGUCGGCAGUCACUGUGGUUUCAGGGCUGCUGCGAUUCUUUGCUUAGACACCGCGCAUGCGGGCCGCUUAUUUCCUUGCAUGAUUACUUGAUAAACUUUGAUGUUAGGAGAGGUGGCGCGGGACAUUGUUAUGCCGAGCACUUUUGCCUGUUUGCUUCGUCGGAGUUCUGACGAACCAGUCUUGGCAAGAGCUCUGCAAGACACGCUUGUUACUAAUUGACCAUCUAACAAAUUGCUCAACGUACAAGUCGGUCUUUGAGUACAAUCAAGCCGUUGGGUGCUUCGAUCUGUCUAUUUCCAAAGAUUCAAGAUCGUUUCACAAUCAUCUUCGUAGCAAGCAUUGGCACUGAUUCGCAAACGAGCAUUCAUCUGCA